ACACAAUUCAUAUUCGGUGUUGAACGUAUCGUAAUUUCUAAUAUUUUCUAAAUAUUGACUUGUAAAAGUCUAAUUUUCGGCUCAUAAUUAUGUUUGCUUUACGCGCCGAGGUGCGCAAAAUAUUUGCGCCUCUCGCUCGUCACAUGUCUGGUUAUCCCGGCGGAGUUCCAGGUUUGAAUCUUCCCUUCCGUAAGGGACUUGAAAGUCCAGUUCGUUUUACUAUAUCUUGGUUUAUUUUGGGUACCCUUGGAUUUGGUGCACCGUGGUUGGUUGUGCGUCAUCAACUGCUGCGCAAUGUCACUGAGGAACCCAAAGAAGAGGUUCAAUGAAAUGGAAUAUUUUGUUUCUCCACUUCAAUUAGCAAUUUAAUAAUACCGACAGAAAACAUAUUUACUCCAUUUAAACACGUCUAUUACAAAUAAAAAGGAAUUGCACAUCUGUUA